AAUGUUCCCUAUUGAUUUAUCCUCUUCGGAGAAUCAAGGUAAAAAGGUUAGCGCCGAAGAUGAAAAAGAGGCUGAAGAGAUAACGACAAGAGCAUUGAAAGCUGUUGAAGAAAAUGUUGAUAAACUAUUAUCAUUCCCCGAAAGGUUAUUAGCAUCACAAACAACCGAAAAGCUAUUAAACUCAAACGCAAAGAUUGGCAACGAUACCAAAGAAAAAGCAGCCGAUGCAUUAUUUAAAAUUUUAUCGAAUGAAGAUAACGAUCUAACAUCUGAAAGUGUUGAUUCCAAGCAAUUACAGGAUAUGUCCAAAUCCUGUUUAACGAGUUCAAUUUCGUUAACGGAGGGGUCAAAGGGUGUAGCUGCUUGCCCAGAACCUAUUCUUGACUUUGGAGAUGUUUCGCCAAAAGUCUAUGCAAGACUUAAGAAAGAAGCCGUUGAAAAAGCCGAAAGAGACUGUAAAGAACAGAGAAUAGAGGUUGCUUCAAAAUUACAUUUAAAACUAAGAAAACUAAAUAAAAAAGUUAGGAAAUUGGCAUUAAAAAAGACAAUUCAGGGAGAGGGAAUGACUCAUUCUGUUGGCGAUAAAAAGAUUUCUAUGACUAAAUUUGAUCCUCUCGACGUGUCUAAAGAAUCUUUGAAAAGCGAUAAAGGUAGCUUCAAAAUACCAUCUUCGGUCAGAAGUAAAUUUUCUCAACUUGACCAAAUUGAAGUUGAAAUUACGUCGCGAAACGAUAAUCCAUAUGCCUAUGAUGAUUCAGCACAAAAGGUCAAUUCGUCCUUGACCUCUCUAUCUUUCAGCCGCGGAGACGAUGAUAUAUCAAUUACGAAUGAGAAUGAACCAAUAGAGAUUUCUGUUCGAAAAGACGAUGCAACAUUACCAGAAAGUGUAGUGGUAUCCUUUAAGAACGGUUCCAAUCCUCAAAAUCUUUAUCUUCAUAAAUUCGAUGUAACCGACCCUAACGCUGCAAUAAUAAUUUUUAUACAAGAAAACGAUCCAUUACAAGAAUUAAACUAUUAUAUCAAUUUUGAUCAAGUUGUUAACGUAUCGAAUGCUUUAAUAACUGGUCAAAUUCCAAAUAGAGAUGAAAGUGAAGAAAACUCUUGGAGAAUCUUCAUAAAUCCAAUUGAACAUUUGAAUAAUGAAACUUUAAUUAAUUCAUCACUUUCAAUUGGUUUUAAACCUGUCAACGAUACAACAACAAAACUUACAUUUAAUAUUACAAGUUAUAGUUCAGCAUGUGUAUUCUUUGACGAAGAUAAGGAAUCUUGGUCAUCGGAGGGUUGUAAAGUUUCAAGUAAAACUCAAUUGAACGAAACUGUUUGCCUUUGUAAUCAUUUAACAUUAUUCUCAACUUCCUGGUUCGUUCCACCCAAUACGAUUGAUUUUAGUACCGUCUUCGAUAAUUUUGGAGCUAAACUAUUAGAAAAUAUACACGUUUUCGUAACAAUUAUUAUACUAAUUGUUAUAUAUUUCAUAUUAGUUGUGAUUCUAAGACGUUACGACAAAUUAGAUAUAAUUAAGUGGGGUGUCAGUCCGUUGAAAGACAACACUGCUACGGAUCUAUAUCAUUAUCAAUUAUCAGUUCAUACUGGUAUGAGGAAGAAUGGAGGAACUGACUCUUCGGUCUUCUUUGUACUUGGUGGCGACGAUAGUGACACCGAAGUUAGAAAAUUGGAAGGAGUAGCAGAUAAGAAAUUGGCUAGAGGUUCAAUAAAUAAUUACCUAUUGAGCGUCCCAGACAAGCUUGGAAAUCUACUUUAUCUAAGAAUUUGGCACGAUAAUUCGGGUGAAGGAGAUAACGCUAGUUGGUAUUUGGAUCAUAUAACUAUACAAGAUGUUCAAACGAAAGAAAAGUAUGUAUUUAUAUGCGAUCAAUGGCUAGCUGUUGAUACUGGAGAUGGGCAAAUUGAGCGAUUAUUACCCGCAGCAUCCAGAGAAGAAUUAGCCAACUUUCAGUAUCUCUUUUAUUCAUCUACUAAAAAAGAUAUGACUGAUGGUUACUUAUGGUUCUCACUUGUAUCAAGGCCAACUAGGUCGAGAUUUACUAGGGUACAACGUUUAAGCUGUUGUCUGGCACUCCUUUUCGCAACAAUGAUAGCCAAUGCCAUGUGGUACAAGACGGAUAAUAACGAAAGUAAUGAUAAAUCCGUUCAAGUUGUAACGUUGGGACCAUUCAGAUUUACACCUCAACAAAUAUUCAUAUCAAUCUCUUCUUCUUUAGUAUCUAUACCAAUAUCACUAUUAAUAGUAACGCUGUUUAGAAAGAGUGGACCUAAGCCCAAGAAAAGAAAUCCUACCAACGAUAGACAUAAUGCGGAAAAUCCCAUUUCCCUAAACAACUCUCAAGUUUAUGAAAUGAAGAAAACCGAUGAAAUAACUACGUCCAAAUCAUCCAUAUCGAAUGAUAGAAAGAAAAAGAAAAAGAAACCAUUCUUACUACCUUGGUGGUUUAUCUAUAUAAGUUGGAUAUUGGUAUUUAUUACAGUAGCUGCUUCUGGAUUUUUUACUCUACUGUAUAGCUUUGAAUGGGGUAGAGAAAAGUCUAGCGAAUGGUUAACGGCUUUCCUUCUCUCAUUCUUCCAAUCUGCUCUCAUUAUUCAACCUUUUAAAGUUAUUAUUUUAGCUGUUACAUUAUCAGCUAUUUUCCGAAAGCCUAAAGACGAAGAUGAAGAUGAAGGUGAAAAUGAUUUGGAAGAGGAUGAAAUAUUAAACGUUUCAACAAAGAAUUCGUACCAACGCUACGGUGUUUCAAAGCAUAGAGUGCCCUACGAAAACUCAGCUGUAAGACACGAUGAAUCUAGAUUAAAGGAAAUGAAGGAAACUAGAGAAAAAGAACUUAAAAUGUUUAGUAUACUCAAAGAAAUUUUGGCCUAUCUGUUCUAUUUAGCCGUUGUUUGUACACUUGGAUACGAUAAUAAGGAUACAAGAUCAUUCCUUUAUAAGGAUCAAAUUCAUCAAACAUUCGUAGAAGGAAUUGGAAAAUUUGGAGCGAUAAGAAAUUUCGAUCACUUCUUCAAAUGGACGAAUACUACUUUAAUACCCGAAUUAUAUUCGAAGCAAGAAUACAACGGCGAUCCUGUUCAUUGGAGGAUUGAAUAUUUCUUAAAUGAUGGAGUAAACUAUAGAGUAGGAUCACCAAGAUUGAGACAGGCUAGAGUCGUUAAAAACGAUUGUUCAAUACCCAGUCCAGUUGAGGCUUUGAUAAAAACCUGUUAUCCAAGCUAUUCAGCUACCAAACACGACGAUGCAGCUUAUUAUCCCCAGUGGGUAAAGGCUCCUAAUUCUUCGGCGGUUGAUAAAGAUUCACCGUGGAAUUAUAAAGGAACACUCGAAUUAGACGGUCUACCCUACUUUGGAGUGUAUUCUGUGUAUUCUGGAGGAGGUUUCGUUGCUAGUUUUGGCGAUGAAAUAGAACAAGCUAUUAGUACAGUUGAAACUUUAAAAUCAGAUGGGUGGAUUGAUAGGGGAAGCAGAGCAAUUUUUGUCGAAUUUAACGUUCAUAACCCGAGUGUAAAUCUUUUUUCGGCUGUUAGUUUGGUCCUCGAAAUUCCAACGAUAGGUUCAAUGACUCCAACUGCAGUUAUUAAAACCCUUAGAUUGUACAAUUACGUUGGUCAAAGAGCCCUGUUCAGAUUAAUACUUGAAAUAAUAUUCGCCUGUUUCCUCCUCUAUUUUCUAGUGGUAGAAGGUAAAAAGCUAAAGAAAAUGAAACGCUCCUAUUUUACAUCCUUUUGGAGUAUUUUGGAAAUAUUAAAUUUAAUUGGAUCCGUGACGGCAAUAGUCCUAUAUGCCCUUCACUAUACCUUCACUCGAUUGACUAUAAAAAAAUUCCAAGAGAACAAAAAGAAAUUCAUUACUUUUGAUUAUGUCGUUAGUUGGGAUGAAGCUUUUACUUAUUGUCUAGCUUUUAUUGUCUUUAUUGCUUCCAUUAAAUUCUUGAAAUUGCUAAGAUUCAAUAGAAAGGUUACUGAACUAAUAUCAACUUUAUCUGUUGCAACUAAACCGCUAUUAUCUUUCUUUGUCUUCUUUAUUGUGAUUUUCUUAUCUUAUGCCCAAUUUUGUUAUUUAAUUUUUGGACAAAAAUUAAAAGACUAUUCAACUUUUAUCACAACAAUGGAAACUUUAUUUUCAAUGAUGCUUAUGGAAUUUGACUUUGAAGGAUUGAAUUCAGCCAAUAAAAUAAUGGGACCAUUCUUCUUUAUUUCUUAUAUAAUCGUUCUCGUAUUCGUUGUUAUGAAUAUGCUAAUAACUAUUCUGAACGAGAGUUUCUAUACAGUUAAAUCUUAUUCAUUGGAAACUUGUACCGAUUAUCAAAUGGUUGACUUCAUGAUUGGUCAAUUUAAGAAAUUGAUUGGUUACGAUAAUUGGUCGAUGCCCAGUAAAUAUUUAUUAUUUAUUAUGAAAUUGUUAAUUGAAUAA